AUGUCAGGACCCGCUGAAGAUGUUGACAUCGACGACGUACGUGCAAGGUGCCCCGUGUUCCGAGUCCUAGUUAUCGGAAGAGCAAACGCCGGCAAGACAACCAUCUUGCAGAAGGUCUGCAAUGUCGACGAGGAUACGCAGCCGGUAGUCUUUGACGAAAAGGGUCGGAAGGUAAGUCUGGCACAACGGGGUCGGCACGACAUUUCUCACCAGGUCAUGUAUCCUGGCAGCCGCUUCGUGUUUCACGACUCCAGAGGUAUCGAAAGCGGAGCCGAUGACGAGAUCAAAACCAUUCGUAACUUCUUACGCGAACGGGCAUCCAAAGUGUCUCUUGCUGAGCAGCUUCAUGCUAUUUGGUAA